UUUGAAAAGAAAAGUUUUUUGCCCUCUUCGGUUUGUUUUCAUGAGACAGUAUUAUUUCAAGUGGAUAAAACUGAUCCAAAAUGCCAGAAAAGGUUAGACAUAUCGAGUGGGAAGAGAUGGAUAAAAGAAAAUUUUAUUUCUUUGGUCCAACAUUGUUUCUUGGUAUUCGUGCGUUGCUUUACCCGGCGAACUUAGUAAAAACCCGUCUCCAAGUACAACGGAAACACGCACUCUAUAAAGGAUCAUUCGACGCCUUCAAAAAAAUAGUGCGCUUUGAAGGCAUUCGAGGGCUCUAUAAAGGAUUUCUAGUGAGCAGUUUUGGUCUUUUGGCUGGACAAUGUUACAUCACAACCCUAGAAUUAGUUAAGACAAGAACAAAACAUUAUAACACAGCUCUUAGAGGGUUUUUGGCUGGGGGAAUUGCUUCAAUAGUGGGGCAAACUAUCACAGUUCCAGUAGACGUUAUUUCUCAGAAGCUUAUGGUACAAGGCCAGGGGGAUGCCACAGGUAAACUGAAAGGAGCCUCUGUCAUUAUACGUGAGGUCAUAAAGACUGGUGGGCCUUUGGGGCUUUAUAGAGGUUAUUUGAUCUCUCUGAUGACUUAUGCGCCUAGCAGUGCCAUUUGGUGGUCCUCUUAUGGUGCAUAUACAGCAUUAGUCGGCAGUAUAGUAAUAUCAGGAACACCUCAUUUGUUGGUUUUGGCCACUGCUGGUUCAAUGGCUGGAUUUACGACUGCGACACUUACAAAUCCCUUGGAUAUUAUGAGAACACGAUUGCAGGUUUGUUAUCGCUUUAUUUGUCAUUAUACAAGAAAAUGAAAGGCUAAGGGGGUAAACUGAGGAACAAUGAUGGGUAGUUAUUGGAAGUGCAAAGUUGAGUGGGUUAUGCAUUGUAUCAUCUCCAAGAAGUUUCUUGUCAAAUCACAUACUUUUAAUCACCACAAAAUCUCGAGCCCAACAAGUCCUCUUUGCACCUCCUCAUCACUAUCAUGCUUGCACUGUCAGCCCUGGGUGUCAGCCUGGAAGCAAAGUCAUAUCUGAUAGCCCAAGGCUAGUGGGUUUUGCAAAAAAAUACUGUUUUUAACUUGCUUGAUGGGCAAGUGAUCUGUUUGGGGGAAUUACAUAAAUACUGUAACACAAAUUUUAAAAUGGGACUGAAAUGUUUUUCAAGCUUAUCAGACGAGGUGAAAUCUGCAAAAACUAGUAUCUCAUUACAUUCCAUGCCAGACUAGACAUACCGGUAAUAUGGUUGGCACAAUCCUAGUUUAACGGCAAGGCUGCUGCCUUAUGGUUGUCCAGUCGCCAGAGGCUCCUAUGAUUGCUCAUGAGCGACUAAAACUUUAAACAAGGAGCCUUUACAGGUGACUAAAACUUAUGAUUCUCAUGGCAACAGCUUCUAUGCCUGCUUCCACUUUUCUGAAAAUUUGAAACUCGAACGAAACAAGUUUCAAGCAUCUGCUUACUUAUUUAGGUUUAUCGAUUAAUUGGCUCCUAGAAAUGUGGCUCGGGCUCCUAACUUUUUAUUUUAGGAGCCUUAAGGUUUCCCAGAAAAUUUUCUUAGGCAGCAGCCUUGAAAGGCAAUUAAAAAUACAUCAGAUGUAAGGCUCAUGUUGUGUAGCUCACUACAAUAAAUGAAGCAAGUUGUUAAUUAACAAGUGGUGUCGUCACACAACGCUUCUCCCCACAAAUGGCUGCUGAGAAUCAAACCACAUUCCUUUCUUGCCUUUUUCUGGAAGGUUUUUGCAUUAGGUUUGCGGUACGGUGACUCCUCUUUUAUCAGUGCCCCAUCAUGUGUGAAUGACAGAACAAUCAAAAUUGUCUCGUGAAAUCAAGCAAUCAAUAAGAGUAGUGUUGCCAUAGAUAAGCAGCAGCUGCAAGAAAGUCAAGCAAAUGUAAUGCACAACAUGAUGUGCUGAUAAAGUUGCUGGGUAUAGUUUCGGGAAGUCACUCAUUGAUAAUUUAUAAGAUUGCUUUUGUUUGAAAAAGUACCCUUGAGAGUAUAGUCUUCACAUGUACAGCAACACAAUGAGCACAUGCAGCACAAGAAAUUCAUCAUACAAAUGCAAGUUAAAAAGAGCCAACCGAUCCUGGUAAGAGUCUUGUAGCGAAGUCGUUCGCAUCCAAGUGAAGGUUACUAGGCCUAUCAGAUGUUUUUUUCACUUGGAACUCUGUUAAUCGCUCAAAGCAAACUUUUCUACUAAUUAACCUUUUCAUUGCUUGCAGACACAGAGCCUAUCCAAAUACAGUGACGAUUGAUUGAUUUGUCUAAAAUUGAGUAGUAUGUUCACUUCCGGUUUCCAAGGGCCCUAAUGUAACUGGGAACAUAAUCUGAGGGGAUGAUUGUGUUACCAUAGUCUUCUACACAGCCAGUUUUAGUGUCGUCACGCAAUGUUCCUCCACACAAACGGCUGCUGAGAACCGAACAACAUUCCUUUCCCUUUGUGUUUGUGGUCUAACGAACAACCAAUCAUGUGUGAGAAAAUUGACAAUACCUGAGCUGCAGGGCACUAGCAAGGGGCGCUAGGAAGCGAACACACUUGGUUUUCAACAAAUCAAUCAAUCACUGCUGAAUUUGGAUGUGCUCUGUGUCCGCAAGCAACGAAAAGGUUAAUUUGCAGAAAAGUUUGUUUUAAGCGGUUAAGGAAGUUCCAAGUGGAAAAAAAGGUUUGAUAGGCCUACAUGACUCUUACCAGGAUCGGUUGGUUCUUCAUUUAACCUGCAUAUGUACUGAUAUGUGACUGAUAUGUAUGGUGAAUUUCGUGUGCUGGAUGUACUCAUUAUAGACAAAAACUCUUAAGGGUACGGUUAAAAAAAAGCGAUCUUAUAAAUUAUCGAUGUGCGAUUUCCCGAAACUGUACUGGGCAACUUUAUAAGCACAUCCAUGUUGUGCAUCACAUUUGCUUGACUUGCUUGCUGCUGCUGCUAAUCUCAUAAAUUUUAAAUAGGACCCGACUACGACAACACCACUCUAGUUGAUUGCUUGUUUUCACGCGAUGAUUUUGAUUGUUCUGUCGUUCACACAUGGGGCAUCCCAUAAAAGCGAAGCUGUGACUGGAAGAGUGACUGUAUCGCAAAUGCGGUGCGAACACCUUUAGAAAAUGGGAGCUGAAUAAUAAUUGGCUAAUCGUGAGAAAGGAAUUUUAUUCCAUUCUCAGCAGCGGUUUGUGGGGAGGAGCAUUGCAUGACGACCCUAAAAACAGCUGUGUGGCAGACUAGUGUUACCAGUGUUUAAUUAAAAAUCUCACAAUCAUGUCAAUACACUUUGACUGAAAAUUAGUCAACCCCACGUGACUAUAAAAGAUGUCCAAGGUUUUGACCAUCUGUUUCCCUUAAGGUUCAUUACAUUAGUUUGGUUUUUGGUUUGAAUGCAGUACUGAUUCUGAAAAUUGUCAUCUUAAAAAUGCUUUUUAAAGGUUGGUGGUGGAAAAUCAACAUAUGUUAUACACAUGUUUCGCUCCUUACUUCAAGAAGAAGGACCAUUUGGACUAACUAAAGGAUUGUCGGCAAGAAUCAUUGCAAUGGUUCCAUCAAGUGUUGCCAUGGUACUGGGGUAUGAAACAGUCAAAAGACUUAGUUUGAAGUCAUCAGAUGUUGAUAUACAAGUGCAAGAAGAAGGUUAUUUAGAAGCAUCAUUUUGAAAUGUCAGCUGUAAAGAAUUCACUUGAAGAGAUGUCAGGCUCUUGCCCUUGUAAAUCUGCAAAUAAGCACCAAUAACUCAUCUUUUAGGAUAUGAAUAAUAACAAUUGUUAUUAGCUGUAAAUAUCAGCUUGCAGUUCUCCCAAUAUUACUAUCAAGCUGAGGGAAUAAUGUAGAAUGAAACCUGUAUCACCUGUCACCUACUCCUUUAAUGACUUAUAGUGCGACAAUGAAAACAAUAAGAUUAUAGGGCAUCCAAAUGACAGAAGAAAAGCAGGGUACGAUGCUAGGUGUCUGUUUUAAAAUAUAAGUCCAUCUUGUAAUAAGGUGUCAGUUUAAAGAGUUGGCUGUAUUUUAUCACACUUUUUUUUUCUUUGCGGUUCUAACAAAGCUACGACAUGAAAUUGCCUUUUUUUAUAUUUAAAGGAGGAUGUAACCAACUGGCGACAAAAUAAUAAUUAUUUUAUCUCUCUUUCUGACCUGGAUAUGGUUCCUCAGAAUUAAAUUCUAGAAGGGUUCACCUACAUUUGAAAAAGUAAGUUGUGAUAAAGACUGACAGAACACAAACUGUUGCUUGUUAAUAGGUUUAUCAGUUGUUUUCUGUAGUUAUUAGUCCAGCAUGUUUUACUUUUUAAUGUGUUAGAAUGAUAUCAUUGUUUAUUUAUACUGGGAUCACUGCUAGAAAGGAGCUCAUCAUGUCAGGUUUCCACUGUGUGAUAUUAGGGUGCUAACCUGUGAUGAAAAACGUUGGCGGACAGCCGCUAAACAAAAAAGGGGAAAAGGGAUGCCUGAUCACAGGGUAAAAGGAUGCUAUAUUUGCUUGAAUAAACACUGCCACAAGAUAAGCUCCUUACUUUAGAGGAAAUAUAUUGAGAAGCCCCACCCCUAAAUAAGAGCAAUAGAGUUGAUGCGACAAAACAAAUGGAAGCAAAAAUAUGAAGCACCAUGUUAUUUGUGAAUCAAGUAAUUUAGAAAA